GCUAAGAAAGAGAGCUCUUUGAGCUGCAAAAUGGCAUCAUCUUCUACAAUGCUCGCUCUCUGCUCUUCUUUAUCUACUCAAAGUACAAUCUCACAUAACCAAAACCCUCUAUCUUUUCCCACCACACCUUCUCUUUUCCUCUCUAAAUCCAAUUCUUUGAAGCUAGCAUCCUUUCCUCUCUUGUUCACAAAACCGGCAUUUUCUCCAGAACCCGAAUUUUCUGAGUCUGAGAUUGCCGUCAUUGAAGCUGAAUUCGAUGACAAAGCGCCUGAACUUGUGCAGGUUGUUGAGGCUACCAAGGAGGAGCCUAAGCGUGAAGAUGUUUAUGCCGUUGUUAUGGUGAGUUUGCCAUUCGAAUAUUACCGUUUGAUGGAGUUGUAAAGCAAUUCUGUGGAUGCCCAUUUGGAGUUUUGAAUUGUUUUGGUGGUUUUUUUUUUUAAUUAAAUUUUGUUUCUUUAUGCAUUUCCAAGAGAGAUUCUGCUUGCCCAUAUGAUAAUUCUGAUUAUUCUUAGCUGCCCCAAAUGGUUUACUGUGGACCUGUGGUUUUGGGUUCACUCUGCUGUAUCUCUGAUUUAUUAGUUUUGAUUAAUUUAGGUUGGGUCUCACUAAUAUGUUGUUUUCCCUGGACGAUAUAUCCAUACUCACAGGCUGAAAGGUGCAAAUGUCAAUGAUAAGACUGUUCUGAACAAGGUGUUGCUUGUGGGAACAAAAAACAAGUACCUAUCUUGGGAAACCCAUUGUCACAAAUGCUGUUGUUGAAGAGCAGGUAGUUUACUAACUCCAAAAAUUUUGUGUUUACUUUCUCAGCUGGUUGUAUCGUCUCAGCAUGUUCCCUUGCUUCUGUUUUUUAUCCAUCUAAUUUCAAAUGCAGGGAUUGGAUGCAAAAUUUGUUGUCUUUAAGUAUAAGAAGAAAAAUCAUAGGAGAAAUAUAGAACAUCGACAGGU